AAAGCCCAAAUGAAGAUUCUGAGUUCGCUACGCCAUUUCCUUCCAAUUUUCCGGCCAAAUCUCUCGAUCAUCAACCAAUUUCACAGCCACUGAUUGGCCUUUUUCAAUUUGAUACUUGACGAUCUUGUAUCAGCUACGCUUAUCCAUGGCGUCCGCAAUUCUGAAGCGAGUCAGCGCCUCUGCAAUGAGCUCGCUGGUUGAAUCUAUACGAAUCGGAGCUUCAUCGCGAAACUUUGCAGCGGUCGCGGUCGGGACUGACAUCGUCUCCGCCGCACCGGACGUUUCUCUCCAGAAGGCUCGGAGUUGGGAUGAAGGUGUCUCCUCUAAGUUCUCCACCACUCCGCUUAAAGACAUUUUCAAGGGCAAGAAGGUCGUUAUCUUUGGGCUUCCUGGUGCGUAUACAGGAGUUUGUUCUCAGCAGCACGUUCCUAGUUACAAUAAUAAAAUUGAUGAGUUCAAGGCUAAAGGAAUUGAUUCUGUUAUUUGUGUGUCGGUUAAUGAUCCAUAUACUCUCAAUGGCUGGGCUGAGAAACUUCAAGCUAAAGAUGCUAUUCAAUUCUUUGGGGACUUCGAUGGGAAAUUUCACAAAAGCUUGGAACUGGAUAAAGAUCUUUCUGUUGCUUUGCUCGGUCCUCGUUCUGAAAGAUGGUCAGCAUAUGUUGUAGAUGGAAAAGUUAAGGCUCUUAACGUAGAGGAAGCUCCAUCUGACUUUAAGGUUACUGGGGCAGAUGUCAUUUUGAAUCAAAUUUAGAGUCAGUUUCCAACACAAGCUCUUGGGUUCCGAAUAAGACCAUGCCUGUAAAUUAGUUAUGUAUUCCAGAGGUUUUCAUUUCUUUUUGGUUGUUUUUCUGCUGUAGUAAAUCCCAAGUGACAAUUGCUUGGAUCCUUGCCUUUCACUUAUUGUUCUUCAUAAAUUAAAUGCUCCAACUUGGAUUUAGAAA